UAUUCCUUUUUCCCCCAUCUCAAGUCCCCACCUCCAGGCUGUGCUCUGAUUGGACCCUAAGUCUCUCUCCAGGUCUGCCAUUGGCCCUGGUGCAGUUGAAAAACCUCUGUUUUCACUCAGUGGGGCUUUAAGCAGUGUUGAGCAGUUAGGAGGAGAAAAGAGAAAGGGAGGGAGGUAGUGAAUGACAAUGCAGAGAGAGAGAGAGGGCGGGAGAGAGAGGGAGGGAGAGAGAGAGAGAGCAAGGGGACAGAGAGAAAGGAGGGGCAUUGACAUUCAUUCAGCCUAAGGAGUGGGAAAGUAAAUAACCCUCUCGGAGGCCCAGGAAGCAAGAGGGAGAUGUGUUUCAAAUGCGCCGGGUUUCAUAGCAGGAAGUCCAUGCAAGCUUGUCGGGGUUGAAUUGUCUAUCAGGAGGCACUGAAGCUUUUCCUCUGGAGGUCUGAGCAGUGAUAAGAAGGACCUAUGAGCACACCUCCUCAGCAGCCGAGGGGCAUUACAGAGGAUGACGAAGAAGAGAAAGAAGGUCAAAAAGAAACGCUGAAAGAUGGAGAAAUGCUGCAGAAAGACAGCACCGUUUCUCCACUUACUAAAACGUCUUCUUUGAGGAAAGACUGUGAGCUUCAGGAGGAUGCUGGGAAGACGAGAACUGGGAGAGGUGGUACAGAUGGAAUUGUGGAAAGAUCAGAAUUAACGAGUACGUUUUUGGAGGCAGCGCCCUCUGGUGAAUCUCACAAGCACAGGCAAUGUCAGUUUGACGAAGAUAUUCCAUCCUCUAGAAGCCCAAAUCAAGAUGCAGAGAACCUGGCUCUAGCUGCAGAACUGGUAAAGACAGAAGAGGCCACGGUCAGCACGUUAGCUUCUCCUGGAGUCUCUCGGGCGGAUGAUAUUCAGACGGGUGGCUCAGAGGUGAUCUAUGACGACGUGCCAUGUGAGGACGUGUCCCGAGGAGAAGGAGGAGACAUGAUCUAUGAGGAUGUACAGACAGAGGAAGUCCCUCAGGGGCCCAACAACGGCUGGAGUUCCAGCGAGUUCGAGAGCUAUGAUGAGCAGUCAGACUCUGAGAAAGCAGCCUCCCGGAGCAAGCUCGCCCCUGAUGUACGUCGUCUUCGGGAAUGUUGUGCCAAGACCAAGAGGGAGCUAGCUUCAAAACUGGGGGGAAAGUAUCAGAUGCAUCAGCUCAUGAGAGCAGCACGGAGUGGAACUAAAGAUGGCCUGGAGAAGACCAAGAUGGCUGUCAUGAGAAAAGUUUCCUUUCUCCAGAAGAAGGAUCACUCAGAUGAAGCUGAAGAUGAUGCCGGCUAUCUGGAUGUGAUAGUUUCUGAGGCCAAGCAUCCUCCUGCACAGCUGGGCCCAAUGCCAGAGGGACUUAGCAGCCAUCAGAUUGUUCGGCGUCACAUUCUGGGCUCCAUUGUGCAAAGUGAAAGGAGUUACCUGGAGUCCCUUAAAAGAAUACUUCAAGAGUACCAGAGACCAUUGUUGGAGGCUGAGCCUCGCAUCCUGAGCCGGAGGAAGAUCAGACCCAUUUUCUUCCGUGUGCGGGAGAUCACUCAAUGCCACUGCAUGUUCCAGAUUGCUUUGGCUUCCCGUGUCGCAGAGUGGGACGCUAGCGAGAAGAUUGGCGACCUCUUCGUUGCCUCGUUCUCCAAGUCCAUGGUGCUAGAUGUUUACAGCGAUUACGUCAAUAACUUCACCAAUGCCAUGGCCCUCAUCAAGAAAGCCUGCUUAUCCAAACCCGCCUUCCUGGAGUUCCUCAAAAAAAAGCAAUCAUCUAGUGUUGACCGGAUCACUCUAUACGGUCUGAUGGUGAAGCCCAUUCAACGUUUUCCUCAGUUCAUCCUCCUCUUACAGGACAUGCUGAAAAACACUCCAAAAGGACACGUGGACCGUUUGCCUCUGCAGUUGGCUCUGACUGAGCUGGAGACCCUGGCUGAGAAGCUGAAUGAACAAAAGCGAGUGGCAGAUCAGAUCACAGAGACCCAACAGCUCGCCUGCAGCGUCAGUGACCGCUCACUUAGCAAGGUGCUGAAUUCAGAUCAAAGCUCUUUGGUCCUGUGCGAAACGCUGUGCGAGACGGUAUACGGCGAGCGUGGCCAGGUUCUCAAGUCCAAGGAGCGCAAAGUCUUCCUUUUCAGCAACAUGCUCGUCUGUGCAAACAUCAACAUAAAGGGUCCCCCAGACAUCAGCAGUCUGGUUCCAGUAGGGCCCAAGUACACCAUGAAGUGGAGUGCCCCCUUAUUGCAAGUCCAGGUAGUUGAGGUCGGCAAGGACACCCUCUUUCAGCAGGGAGGUGUCAAAAGGUCAGGCAGCUCUUCAACCCCAGGUAAAGUGGUUCUGGGUCCUCCUCGGCUCUUUCAAGAACUCACCGAACUGCAGCAUGACCUUUCGGUGGUGGAGCACGUGACCACCUUGGUGGGCACUUUACAGGGCAAAUACCAGAAUCUGAACACCACCGUGGCUCAAGACUGGUGCUUGGCCCUGCAAAGACUCAUCCGCAUUAAAGAGGACCAAAUUCAGAGUGCUAACAAAUGCCGUCUUCGGCUACAAGUCCCUGGCAAGCCGGACAAGUCUGGCCGUCCAGUCAGCUUCAUGGUGGUGUUCAACACGCCGAGUCCUCUCAGCAAGAUCUCCUGGGUCAACCGUCUUCAUCUGGCCAAGAUAGCACAGAGGGAAGAAAACACACCUGGCUGGAUCUGUGCAGAAGAUGACUGGAGGACAAAGGCUCCACUCUGGUGUCCACUGCUUGCCUGUCGUAUGCCUGUCUUCACCUCAAAAGUCCAGGACUGUAAGCUAGAAGCCGCUCUGCACAAUCCAGUCCAAUGUGCUCUGCUUGGUUUCUCUGCAGCGAGCACGUCGCUUCCUCAGGGAUAUCUCUGGGUAGCGAGUGGCGGAGAUUGUGCACAGGGUCAUGUGGAGAUUUUCUCCCUGAAUCGAACUACUCCACGCUCAGUGAAAAGCUUUCAGGUACGAGCUCCUGUUCGAUGUUUGGAGUUUGUGUCUGAGCCCAGUCAUUCUGACGCCACCGAUCCUGCUCUCCAUAACGCCGCUGCUGCCGGGAACACAGUCUGUGUCGGCCUGGAUGAUGGCAGUAUUCUGGUCUAUGGGAGCAUGGACACAUCAGCUCAGUGUCUUCUGGACCUCCGGAAUACUAUGGGUUCUCCUGUCCUGUGUCUCAAACAUGCUUCUAGCUUCCUGUUCGCAGGCCUGUGGGACGGCACGCUGCUCAUCUAUGACAGAGCGCCUGGAGGUGAGUUGUGGAACUCAGAGUCUUAUCGUAAAGUCUUAGUGGGUCAUGAGCCAGUUCGGACAUUGCUGGCUUUAGACGGCUCCGUAUGGGCCAGCUGUGGCAACUCCGUCUCAGUCAUCGAUGUCUCCAGCCUUUCCACUCGGAGGUUUGAGGUCCACCAGGAUCCGACAGUGAGCGUCACUCACAUGGUACGAGCCGGUGGAGGGGUGUGGAUGGCGUUUUCGGAAGGUUCCUGCAUUCGCUUGUUCCACAUGGAAACCUUGGAACACCUACAAGAGAUCAACAUCUCCACACGCUCUUCAUUCCACAGUUCAAGUAAGAAGAAUGUGAGGGUCACCAGUCUGUUGAUUUGCCAGGGCUUGUUGUGGGUAGGCACAGCCCAGGGCAUCAUCAUCACUCUGCCUGUACCUAAGCUGGAAGGCAUCCCUAAAAUAACAGGUAAAGCGAUGACCUCUUUAAACGCCCAUUGUGGUCCUGUGGACUUUCUGGUGGCAAUCAGCAGCACUUUAUCCCCAGAUCUUCUGAAGCGAGAUUCGGUUGUGGAAGCUCCCGACUCGGCCUGUGGCUGGGAGGAGCGAACUGACUCCUCCUCCCAGGAGUCCCUGCAGCAGUCUAACAGUUCCUCAUUCGGGGAAAGCAAGGGAAAUCGGAGGAGUGUACUUCUUCAAUACCGCAUUCGCUCCACCAUGGGCUUACCUGGGCGGCCACUGACCGCUCGAUGUGACGAGUCCUCAGAUUCAUCGUUAGAGUCUUUAGAACACAGCCUCGAGGAUGGCUCUAUCUACGAACUCAGCGACGAUCCAGACAUGUGGGUCAGGGGUCGACCCUGUGAGAAGGACGGCCAUAGGAGGGACAGGGUCAUGUCUGCAGCCAUUAUCUCUGGAGGGAAGGGAUUUAGAAGACUUAGAGAGGGUGCAUCGGAGGGUACGGCAGAAUUGACUGAGUGCUCCCUUAUGGUUUGGCAACUGCCACUCACUGUAUAAAAUGUGAUUGGUUCUUCAGGAUGCAAAGAUGUACAAAUCUUGGCCAUCCAGGAAACAAUGUGUUUUAGUUUCUUUUGUGUUGAGGAAAUGUAUUGGUUUUGGUUUCUAUGGUUUAGAGUCCAUGCCACGGCAAACUGCGAUCACACUGAUGAAAUGAAAGAAAAGCUUUUCAUUAGUGACAGCUAUAAAUAUUUAGUGAUAUUCAAACUUGCAUUAAGGUUUGUAGUAAUUCUGAAAAGCUUGAUUCUGUUCAACAAUUAACGCAGUAGUAAUGAAGAAACAAUUAGCCAAUGAGAGGCCAUAAUGGGUGUUCCUUUAUAUGGAUCUCAUGGAAACAGCUCCUGUAAAGUGCUUUCAGGCCCUUCUUUGAUUACAGCCAUGCAACCAAGUAAGGCUUAGGGCUGUGAUUGCAUUUGUUGAUGUUGAAAUACAAUGGAGUGGAGAUUUACAUUUAUUUCAGACUUAAAGUCAGUGUUUAAUUCUUUAAAAAAGCAAUCCUCUUCUGCUUUUGAUAAAAGAGCAGUGCUAUUGUUGCUCAGUGUGGUACGUUUUCCACACGUCACCAAUGAAAACCAAUACAGUUGUGAUUGCAUUUUCUAAUCUGGAAUCAAAAGGAAUUGUCUCCAUUUUUUAUUUUUUGACACAAGCUAGCACAUUAAGUAUGUGCUUUUCAUUUGUCUGUUCCAUAUACCCCGAAGUCUUGCGGGUCUUUUUUUUUUUUUUUUUUUUUUUUUUUACAGUAUUAAUAUGGAUAAUGGCAUAUGUGGGGGAAAAAACAAUGGAUAAAUAGCUGACCUUCAAAGACAAAACUGCACAUCACUAAAUAAACGCUAACAUUUGAAAAACCCACAGGGAUGUACUGUACAGUCUAUAACGUUGGUUUACAACAAUAAAUGUGAGUUCAUGUUGAGUCAUAACAUCUAGACAUCAACACAAUGGCUGUGAGUGUAUUUUGAGACAAUGAUGCAUGCUAUAUUUCUCUAUGUACCGCUUGUGUAGUUUCUCUUCUUGAGAGGGAACAUCAUCCUGAACUCAGGCAAGGCCAAGAUGAGUCCUGAAGGUACAAGGAUUCUUUGAGAGCCUUGUCAUUUUAAAAGCAUAAACUCUUCACAGG